AUGGACUCCCCUCUAUUUGAGCCAGAGGAGCGAAAUGGUUUCGACGAGGAAGAAGAUGCCCUGCUCCCAGUACCCGCAAUGUUGUCUCUUGUCGCACCCGUGGCUCCUCCCAUGCACCUCAGUGCCUGUACAAAUGCGCCGCAGCCCAAGAAACGAAAAGCGGCCAACAUCGACGCCGAGACAGCCGCCUACUUCUCAAGAGUCGAAGAGAGCUACGCCACACUGGAUCCGGACGCUACCAUCAAACAUGACCCGCAUUCCGAGCCGUUGCCCGACCUACCCAUGUUCAACCCAUCUUUCGCAGCAGCGGAGAAGACUGCGACAGAAAUCGUCUGUAGUCUGCGGCAAACAAUCAUUGACAGCGAUGACAAAGGUUCUGAGGCGAAGUUCAUGCUAGAGCGUCUUGAUUGUAUUAGGACGCCUAAGUAUCCGGCGCCUAGGAUGACUGGAGAUGGAGGAGUCGGGACGCUCGUCCCACUCGAGUUUGUUAAUGCUUCUCACACGCAAGAAAUGCCCUUCAUGGCACGCAUCUUCUGGCAUCCCCGGUCAGUGUGCGAAGACAUCAUUCGAUCCGCCGUUGCAGACUACUGGUCGUCGCGGCUUGACGAAGACGCAGAGGCCACGAAAGAAGCAGCGACAGAUCUCGGAAAGCCAGCGCUGAAGAUCUUAUCUGCUCUCUUCUGCGACAAGGAAGAAUUUGAAGACGAAGAGUGCGCAAACCAGUUCUUGAGUCAACUAAAAUCUGGAGAAGACCCCAAGAUUGUCGACAAACUUCUACGAUGGGCCAGAGAGAUCUUUGCCGAGCUUUGCAAGUUGGGUAGUGUCGCUACUAUAACUGCUCACACCGCAGAUCAAUUGAAUGCUCAACUCGAGCCGUUCAUUCAACAGUGCGAUGACCCGCAAAUCGGAGAUACCUCCUUGGAAUGCUCCGUCUGGCCAUUUGUCAAGUAUGCAAGGAAGUACUUGGCCAGCCCGAUACUCUCGAAGGGAGUUGUCUUAGUAGAUCUACCGGGCGUCACGGACGGUAAUUCCUUGCGAGUGAACUGCGCCAAUCGCUACCUACGACAGUGUGAUCACGUAAUUGUCGUUGCAAACUUAGACAGGGCAACGGACGAUUCUGGUCUCGAGAAGUACGCCUUGGAUGUUACCCGGCGGAAGCGUUAUGGCAAGCUCACCUUGGCACUUACGCGCUCAGAUGUGAUCGACGAAGAUGAGUGCAGGCGUUUGAAGCUUGGCCCCAGGCAGAAAGAGCAUCUCCAGUCGCUCGAUUGUUUCGAGCAAGAAUUGAAGAGCGAAGUACGGAAAACUAAAAGCCUUAAAUACUCUGCUCAUACGCCCAUCGCUUAUGAAGAGUUUGAAAAGAAACGAGCCCUUCAUGAAUACCUCAAGAAGCACAUCCAGUCCAGCCGGGUCGAAAUCUUCGCAACCGCACGCAACACACACGUGCGCACAACGCUACAAGCCUGGUAUCGCAGCAGCACGAAAGAUCCAAAUACACUUCCCAUCUUCUGUGUAAGCAGCAAGGUCAACAUGGAACAUGUCAGGGGCUACACCGUCUCCGAAUUCCCCAGGAUGUCUGUUGAAAUGUCAGAGAUCCCAGCCCUCCGAAGCCACAUCCUCUCCCUUGCUGCCAAAGCCGGCAAGGUCGAACAAUUCCAGCGGCACUGUGUUUUCAUCCGCGUGCUCUUGAACGAGAUGGAGCUUUCUUGCAUUGGCUCGAGGCCCAUGAUGAAGAGGGAUCACUUGCUUACGAUACUGCUGGAAGUCCAGAUGAAUCAGAACCACUUCCAGGCGCUUACGGCGGAUCUUAUGAAGACUUCUGUGACACCAGUGGUCGCGAAAUUUGACGCCGCCAUAGACGCUUGGGUCGACGUCGCUAAAGGCUUGUGCGAGAAGUGGUCCAAAUACACGGCUCAGGGUUGGGCAGCAUUUCUCAGACACCAAGGCAAAUGGAAAACGCCCAGAUGCGGCAAAGCAGACUGGAACCAAGAGCUGAUGGGGUCAAUCCGGCAGGAACUGCAGCCAACCUUUGAUGCCUUUUGUGGAGAAGGAUGUUUCGCCUUCCAGACUGAAGCUAUCUUUCAGGUGAACGAACUUCUAGAGACUCUGGAGGAGAAGAUGAAGACGAAAAAAGCAUGCUUCUCUACCUUGGUCUGCCAUCGCACCGAAGGGCCCUACCCGGCAGUCAAGAAAUACGUCGAGGACGCUCUCGUGAAGACAAUCAACAGCGUCGAGAAAAAAUUGGCUACAAGGUGCGGUUCGGUUCUCGAUGCGAUUCUUAGCGAUUUCGACAAAGUGUGUCCGGAAAGCGAGGACAAGAGCGUUUUGACGCUCCAGCGGCGAGAAAUAUUGGGGCGGAAGGUGCGGGAGUCAAAGCUGAGGAUGGAGGGGGAACUUAAGGAGCAUUUGGCGCGGUGUGGGAUUGGGCUUGACUGA